AUGGAGAACUUGGACUUGUUGGGGUUUCUCAUUGUCACCUUAAAUUGCAACAUGACCAUUGUGGGCACGCUCUGGCUGGUCGUGGCGGUGCUGCUGAGGAUGUCGGUGGUCAUCUUGGCGGGGUCCCCCAUCUACCAGGAUGAGCAGGAACGGUUCGUCUGCAAUACCCUGCAGCCGGGAUGCGCCAACGUUUGCUACGACCUCUUCUCCCCGGUGUCGCCGCUGCGCUUCUGGCUGGUGCAGAGCCUGGCGCUUCUCCUGCCCUCGGCCGUGUUCGGCGCCUACGCCCUGCACCGUGGAGCUCGGCUGGCGUCCCGGGGAGGCCGGCCUCGCGUGCCCGACCUGUCGGCCGCCUACCUGGCGCAUCUGCUCGCGCGCACCGGGCUGGAGGCCGCGCUCGCCGCGCUGCACUACCUGCUCUUCGGCUUCUCGGUCCCCACCAGCGUGUCCUGCUCGCGCGCGCCCUGCUCGGGCGCCGUGGACUGCUACGUGUCGCGGCCCACCGAGAAGUCCCUCCUGAUGCUGUGCGUCUGGGCGGUGAGCGCGCUGUCCUUCCUGCUCAGCGCCGCCGACCUGCUCUGCAGCGUGCGCCGGAGAACCCGGGCCAGCAGCGUCCCCGCGUCGCCCCCAGGACUCUUGAAGGACCCCGAGAGCUGUCGCCACCGGGGUCAGGCGGGCCAGGAGGGCGGGCGGAAGGAGGAGGGCGCGUGGGCAGCCAGGCAGGAGGCCAGCAGCCCCGCGGGUAAGACCAGUGUGUCCGGGCGGCUGGAUCUCCCAGACGGAGAUGACAGUGAGGCAAAGUCCCAAGCCAGUGACAAAUUGGAUCACAUAGAGAAUGGUUCCAGAUCUCACAGACAGGCCACCCAGGACCCAGGGAGCAAAAGCUCCACCAGGUCCGGGGUCCCACAGUUGGCCUCGCAGAGCCCUUUGGCUGGGCACUGCGCCUCCAGCCAGCCUCCUGCCCUGGGCGUGCUAGCUACCUGCGCCAGCGCUCCCCACCUGAGAAGCAAAAAGUCCGAGUGGGUGUGAAGGCAGCCACACAGGGGCCAGCCAGGGAGCCGGGUUCCUAGCACAGGCCACGGUCCUGUUCAAAGGGUUGUGUCCACAAAAAUGCUGCGGGUCUGCAGUCCAGCCCUCCACCAAGUCCAUGGCAGCUGCUGAACAGACAGGAAGGUUCUCCGGAGGUCAUCGGCUCCACAGGCUCCACAUUUAACUUACCUAAGUAGCACUUUUCAUUGAAGAACGUCUUCUGGGCUGGAGAGGUGGCUCUGUUGGUAAAGGGCUUGCUAUGCAAGAACGCAGGCCUGAGGUCAGAUCCCCGGACCUCACUUAAAGCCAGACACUAGUGACCGUCUUUCAUCCCAGCUCGGGCUAUGAGAUGGGAGGUGGAGGCAGGAGAAUCCUAAAACGUCAUGUUCUAAGCUGCCAGGCCUUUGCCAUGGUCAACAGAAACCCUGCCUGACAAAAGCUGGAAGGUGAGGAGGGACACUCUGGUCUCCAAGUGCCCUCCAUCCUCACCCCUCACACCCCACAUCAUACACACAAGGACAAUAAUAAUGACAAAGCCCUUGGCAUUGGACACGCACACCACGCUAAAAUAACCACGUGGAGAGGCCAGUCAGGCCACUAGUCAUGCAGGGGUGGUUCACAUCCCAGUCGCCUUUGCCUCUGCCCUGGUGUGCUCAGCAUGAAGCAUGCUGUGUUAUG